AUGGCCCCAGAGCUUCGUCGACCUCUCAUCAUCGUUUGCUUCUCGAUGCUGGUGCAACAGUUGUCUGGCGUCAAUGCAGUCUUAUACUACAGCAAUGAUAUACUCUCCAACGCAUUGCCCGAUUUGGGACCAUAUGUUUCCUUGGGAAUAACCAUUGUGAAUUUCUUGGUGACUGGUGCACCGAUAUUCCUAAUUGACCGUCUUGGCCGGAAGCAACUCCUCUCCAUAUCCGCAGCAGGGGCGAUUAUAUCUCUUUUGGGAGUCGGUUUUGGCUUGGAUUCGGACAUGGUCGCUUUAGCAAGCGUCACAAUCCUAUCUUUUGUGGCCUCCUUUGCAAUUGGGAUUGGGCCUGUACCGUUUGUUAUGAUACCGGAAGUCUCACCACACCAUGCGGUAUCCGCAUUGUCGUCGGUUGCGUUGUCCCUCAAUUGGAUCGCGAACUUCCUCGUCGGCCUUGUUUUUUUGCCAUUGCGCAACCUACUCUCGCACGGGGAACACGACAGAGAAGGCCGAGUUUUUUAUGUGUUUGCCGGGAUGCGAAACAGAGGGGAUGCUAAUGGUGACUCUACGCCGGGCUCAUCAGAUACUCCGAAGAAGGAAAAGGGUAGCUGGAAGCGACCCGCAAAUACGGCCUUCAAGCAACAGAGACUGAAGGCCUGGCAACCUAUACUGACUCCAAAGACAGUACUACCCACACUAUUUAUCAUUGGGAUUAUCUUUGCACCUAUAGGAGGAUUGCUGGUCUGGGGGAGUGGCUUGGUCUCCGAAAUGACGUUUGAUUACACGCAAUGCCAGAAUUUGCCAGAAUCAUCAUCGGCUUCGGAUUUGACUUUCCAUAAUCUCACCAACUUCAGCUACAAACUCAAGGCCUCGGACAGCAACGCGCCCUUCAAUCCCCCUCAAUAUGCAUUCGUGAACACCUCCGAAAGUAACGGUACUUUCUCGGCACAAUGCUUCAUUCAAUUCGACGUCCCCAUCGACCUGGAACCAUCCGUAUUUUUGUAUUACAAGCUCACCAACUUCUACCAGAACCACCGGCGAUAUGUCAACAGCUACGACUCAAAUCAGCUGAAGGGUCAGUUUGUUAGUGCCAGUUCGUUGAAUAGCGGGAACUGUAAGCCACUUGCGGAGUCGGGAUCGAAGGCUAUCUAUCCCUGCGGAUUAAUCGCGAAUUCUCUCUUUAAUGAUACUUACUCUGCACUAAACCUCACCACCGAUACAUCACAAACAUACAACUUCUCCCAGACAGGAAUUGCUUGGCCGGGUGAGGCCAAGAAAUAUGCUGCCACGCCAGGCUACAAUUUGUCGCAGAUCGUACCGCCGCCCAACUGGGCGGUCAGGUUCCCGAAUGGCUACACUACUGAGAAUCCUCCGCCGAACUUAAAGACAGACGAGCAUUUCCAGAACUGGAUGCGCACCGCAGGCUUGCCUACGUUCACUAAGUUGUGGGGACGUAAUGACAACACUACGUUGGUGAAAGGCAGAUAUCAGAUUGCUGUCAAUAUGAAUUACCCGGUGAUCUCGUACUCAGGCACGAAAUCUAUCGUCAUCUCAACUGUGUCCUGGAUUGGGGGGAAAAACCCCUUCCUCGGUUGGGCCUAUGUCGCUGCUGCAUCGCUGUUGAUUUUCUUGGCGAUUGUAGGCACGAUUCGUCACAUGAUUCGACCUAGAAAAUUGGGCGACAUGUCGCUGCUAUCGUGGAACCGAUAA